UGAGAAUUGCUCGCCGACAGUUUCCUGCAGCAGAGAGAAGAGCGGCGACGACACUAGAGAGGCAAAAACUCAUCAACAUCACUAAAUUUCACCGCGUACAAUGAAACUGCAAUCAAAAUCUCUCUCUCUAGAUGUCCGCUUCAUUUCGGUCAUAUUGCUGGUAAUGGGCCUCUCUACUCCUGGUCAGGCAGAAAUUACCAGUCUGGACUCAGGCAAUAUCGAUGAUGUCCUAAAUAAUGCUGGGGUGGCAUUAGUGAAUUUUUAUGCAGACUGGUGUAGGUUUAGUCAAAUGCUUCAUCCGGUAUUUGAGGAGGCGUCAAACAUUGUGCGAGAGGAGUUUCCUGACACUAAACAAGUGGUUUUCGCACGUGUCGACUGUGACCAGCAUUCUGACAUUGCCCAGCGGUACCGCAUCACCAAAUACCCCACUCUGAAGCUGUUCCGAAAUGGGAUGAUGAUGAAGAGGGAGUACAGGGGACAAAGAUCUGUGACCGCCAUCGCAGACUUCAUCAAGACGCAGCAGGUCGACCCCAUCAAAGAGGUCGUGACCCCCGCGGAGCUCACUAAUGUGGAUAGGAGCAAGAGGACCAUCAUAGGAUAUUUUGAAAAGAAGGAUUCUGAUAACUACCGCACAUUUGAAAAAGUGGCCAACAUCCUACGAGAUGACUGCACAUUUCUGGCUGGGUUUGGCCCUGUGUCGGAGCACGAGCGCUUCAGUGGGGACAACAUCAUUUACAGACCCCCUGGAGAGGCCGCCCCGGACAUGGUGUACCUGGGCGCCCUUACGAACUUCGACCUGGCCUACGCCUGGGCCCAGGACAAGUGUGUGCCUCUGGUCCGAGAGAUCACCUUUGAAAACGGAGAGGAGCUGACAGAAGAAGGCCUCCCGUUCCUCAUCCUUUUCCAUGUGAAAGAAGACACCGAAAGUUUAGAAAAGUUCCAGCAUGAAGUAGCGCGACAGCUUAUUAGUGAGAAAGGGUCUAUAAACUUUUUACACGCGGACUGUGAUAAGUUCCGUCAUCCACUGCUGCACAUUCAGAAAACUCCGGCUGACUGUCCAGUCAUCGCCAUUGACUCCUUUAGGCAUAUGUACGUCUUCCCCGAGUUUAAAGACGUCUCCGUUCCCGGAAAACUGAGGCAAUUCGUGCUGGACCUACACUCUGGAAAACUGCACCGAGAGUUUCACCACGGACCCGAUCCCACGGAGAGCACGGCUGGACAGGAGAUUGUUGGAGAAGCGGCCAGCAGCCCUCCGAACAGCUCCUUCCAAAAGCUGGCCCCGAGUGAGAAGCGUUACACCAUCCUCACACGGGACAGGGACGAGCUGUGAGGGACAGUCCUGCAGAGGUAGAGACCCAGUGCCAUUGGACAGGAGGGGACAAGCCCACCGCACACAGCAACACCCAACAACCCUUAGCAAAGAACCAAGGAAAACGAGAGGAAAAAACAGGAUUCAAGCAGGAAGAUCUAGAGCCGUGCAAGUCCAUGACACAGACGCAUUGGAGUGACCUCUAUUUUCAUAACUUUGAUGUACUAUUUUUAUUUGGGAACAAACGGAAAAGGGGAUAUGAAGAAACAUGGGAUGGGGUUGGGGCAUUAGAGAAGCAGCGACAGUUUUUAUUUUUAUUUUUGGAGCUUGUAAAUACGUUUGUGCAGCAUAGGGUUUCUGUUUUUGGUCUAAAUUAAUUUCUUUUAUUUUAUUGCAGGCUUUUUCAUGACUGGUUUUGUAGAUUGAAACAUGUCACUCCACUUUUACGGUUCAACCCCUGAGUACUGUUGCUACUGGAGACGCCAAAUAGUCCCCCCACGCCUGUUGACUGCGUCUCUCUGUGGCCAAGUGCAUUUUUAUACAAGGCACAAGCAAUGACAUGAUCACCUAUGGAAGCUCCUUGAUCACCUAUGGAAGCUCCUUGACCACCUUGUGUGCACAUAGUUCUGAAGUAGAUAUUUUAUAAUGCAGAGGAGGCCGGGCUCUUUCUUUGUCUGGUACUUGAUUUAAAGGUGCACUAUGAAACUUUGCUGGUGGAAUGGUUCGCCACUUGCUUAUCUUCAGGAAUGUUACAGAGUGUGGCAUAAAACAUUUUUCUGUUAAUCAAUUAGAAGUGUUUUUAUUGCUAAAAUAUCAAGAAAAACAUACAUUCUUACUGUAGGUGGGUGUCACCUCUCCACAGAUCUUAAUGGUUAAAAAUUGAAUCGAAUGGAUCUAAAUUAAUGCCAUACUUUGAGGUAUUGAGGACAAAGCAAACAUCUCCAUGAAGCAGGUUGCCGCCCCUCCACUAGAAAUGUUCCGUAGUGCACCUUUAAGUGUGCCUGUAAAAAGUACUCCUGACCGAUCAUUUAGAGUGAAUCUUUUGUUACUCAUUUACAAAUGUACAUAUUGUAUUUGAUGUAAGCCAGUAUUUGGCUAUAAGUCUGUUUGGUAGUGCCCACAUAGUGUCUUAAGCAGACUCACUUUUGCAUCAGUGAUUUCAAGGCCUGUCACGAUAGAAACAUUUAUAGUGCAAUAUCUUACAGAAAAUGUACAACUAUAACACAGAAAACCACUUUGCACUGAAACAAUAUUCCUAAAGCAGGUUAAUUCCAAUAAAAUCUUUUCUAAAUGUACUGUACUGUAAAUUAAACUCAAGCUGCAAUUAAUACAAAGCACAAUAAACCACUGUCAUUAUGUUUUCAAAUGAUGAUAUUCUCCAAAAAAUGAGUGUAAAAGGUACAUAAGAUACAUAAUGAGACCAAAAUAUUGUUCACCCCUCAUUUUCUUUAAGUAUAAAUUGAUAAGAGAUAUUGUGACAGGCCAGGUGAUUACAAAAUGUAGUAUAAAUAGAUUUGUUUAAACUACGGGUACAUUUUUUGUACUCAUAUUGUAAACCAGAUUACUUUUGAUCUAUAGAUCUGUUCACUCGUUGUAUGAGUGGAAAACAUUAGUACCAUAUAUUUAUUUUCUACCUGUCACUUUGUAAAUACUGACCUCUCUAGACACUUAACGCAAAGGUGAGUUCACAUGGACACUCAGUCAGGUUCUGUACUUUUUACAAGCACACUUUUGUUCAUUUUGCCAUUGAGCUGGGAUCAGGGGAAUUACAUUAAAGGUGUUUUAUGUAAAUAUGUUGAUGGAGGGUACACUUUGUCUCCAUUGAGAUCUUACUGCUUUGCCAAAAUGUUCCACAGUUUAUCCAUCUUACAUUUCUGCAAUAACAAAAUAUACAUUCUGACAGAGCGAGGACCACUGUUUCACAGAUCUGGCCUGUAACCUGUCCAGCUGUUGUCACCUGCUUAACUACAGGGCAAUACAAGUUGAAUGCUAUAUGGUGGAACAUUUAGGCAGAGCACUAAGAUCUCCAUGGAGACAAGCAGGUGGCAGACCGUCCAUCAGAAAAGUUACAUAGUGCACCUUUAGACUGUUUUAACUGUGUAGAUGGAAUGGCUGUUGUUUCACUGUUAACUUGCUGUUGUCAUUAAGGAGGAAUGCAUAACCACAAUUUACCAAAAUAAUCAUUUGGAAAUAUUUUGCCAUAGUUUCUUUACAUGUCUUUGUACAAUCUGGAUUUCUGGUACAUAAUUUAAAUCAUGUGAAUAACAUCAAGGAUUGCAGCCGAUUGCAAAGUUGUUCAGAUUUUUGUAUAGUGACACAACAGCAAAAACAAGUGAGCAACAGAAGGGUGGAGAGUGAGUGAUGCCAUUUCUAAUUCAUUCAUCUCAAAGGGGAAGAAGAAAAAUGGAAAACUAAAUUAAAACAUUUUACAGUA